AUGGCGGGACACCUGGCCUCAGACUUCGCCUUCUCGCCCCCGCCGGGCGGUGGCGGCGAUGGGCCUGGAGGCCCGGAGCCAGGCUGGGUGGACCCCCGGACCUGGCUGAGCUUCCAAGGCCCUCCCGGUGGGCCCGCCAUCGGGCCCGGGGUUGCACCGGGCGCCGAGGUGUGGGGGAUUCCCGCGUGCCCGCCGCCGUAUGACUUCUGCGGAGCGAUGGCGCACUGCGCCCCGCAGCUCGCCGUGGGCCUCGUGCCUCAGGGCGGCCUGGAGACCUCUCAGCCGGAGGGCGAGGCAGGGGCCGGCGCGGGGAGCCUGUCGGAGGGGCCCUCCCCUGAGCCCUGCGCUGCGCCUCUUGGUGCCGUGAAGCUGGAGAAGGAGAAGCUGGAGCAAACCCCCGAGGAGUCUCAGGACAUGAAAGCUCUACAGAAAGAACUCGAGCAGUUUGCCAAGCUCCUGAAGCAGAAGAGGAUCACUCUGGGCUACACUCAGGCUGACGUGGGGCUCACUCUGGGGGUUCUCUUUGGAAAGGUGUUCAGCCAAACCACCAUCUGCCGAUUCGAGGCCCUACAGCUCAGUUUUAAGAACAUGUGUAAGCUGCGGCCCCUGCUGCAGAAAUGGGUGGAGGAGGCCGACAACAAUGAGAACCUUCAGGAGAUUUGCAAAGCGGAGACCCUCGUGCAGGCCCGGAAGAGAAAGCGAACGAGUAUCGAGAACCGAGUGAGAGGCAACUUGGAGAACAUGUUCCUGCAGUGCCCAAAACCCACGCUGCAGCAGAUCAGCCACAUCGCCCAGCAGCUGGGGCUCGAGAAAGACGUGGUCCGUGUGUGGUUCUGUAACCGGCGCCAGAAGGGCAAACGAUCAAGCAGUGACUGUUCCCAACGAGAGGAUUUUGAGGCUGCUGGCUCUCCCUUCGCAGGGGGGCCUAUGUCUUUUCCUCUGGCACCGGGGCCCCAUUUUGGUACCCCAGGCUAUGGCAGCCCUCACUUUGCUACCCUGUACUCGCCAAUGCCCUUCCCUGAGGGGGAAGCCUUCCCCUCUGUGCCUGUCCCUGCCCUGGGCUCCCCCAUGCAUUCAAACUGA